UCUGUUAUUCUCUACAUCUCUUUCAAUCUUGAGCUUAUUCACUUCCACAGCUUUCCCUCCGGGUUUUGACUCGUCGACAAGUUCAAGAUGGAGGAAGUCGAUGUUCCAUCCUAUUUUCUCUGCCCGAUCUCCAUGGAAAUCAUGAGAGAUCCGGUGAUUGUAUCCUCCGGAAUAACCUACGAUCGGGGUUCCAUAGCGAGAUGGAUAUUCUCAAGCAAGAACAACAAUACCUGCCCAGUCACGAGACAACCCUUAUUAUUGUCAGAAACGGAUCUCAUGACCCCAAACCACACUCUCCGACGAUUGAUCCAAUCAUGGUGCACUCUCAAUGCCAUCGACCGAAUCCCAACACCAAAGCCUCCUGUCGAUAAAGCCCAGAUCCUCAAACUCCUCAACGAGGCUAAGAUCCCGCAACAUCAGAUGAGAUGCCUCCGAAGUCUCAGAUCUAUUGCCAACGAAAGCGAGAGGAACCGGAGAAGUUUGGAAUCUGCAGGAGCAGUUGAGUUCUUGACUUCAAUUGUAGAAGAGGACAAUGAAGGCCCCAGUACUGAUGAAGCCCUAUACAUUCUUCACCGUCUCCAGAUCUCAGAGGUUGGCCUCAAGAAACUUCUGGUCAGAAGAAAUUGUGAUUUCAUUGAGAGAUUGAUGAUGUGGGUCUUGCAACAUGGGAGCUACACAUCUCGUGCUUACGCAACAUUGCUUCUGAAAUCCAUAUUCGAGGUAUCUGAUCCGAUUUACCUGAUGGCCUUGCGAGUGGAACACUAUGUUCAGAUCGUCAACGUUUUGCGUGACCAGAUCUCGCAACAGGCAUCUAAGGCUUCAUUACAGAUCUUGGUCGAGCUCUGUCAAUGGAAUCGAAACAGGAUCAAAGCCGUGGAAGCUGGUGCAGUUUCGGUGUUGAUAGAGAUACUCCUAGAGACGACAGAGAAAAGAGAUUGUGAGAUGGUGUUGGUGGCGUUGGAUCAGCUAUGUGGAUGUGCAGAAGGGAGAGCCGAGUUGUUAAGGCACGGAGCUGGAAUUGCAGUGGUGUCCAAGAAGAUAGUUAGGGUUUCACAUGUGGCCACUGAUAGAGGAGUGAGGAUACUGUCUUCGGUGUCGAGGUUCUCUGCGACUUCAAGUGUUCUUCAGGAGAUGCUGCAAGUUGGUGUUGUUUCCAAGUUGUGUUUGGUGCUUCAGGUGGAUUGUAGCCUCAAGACCAAAGAGAAGGCCAAGGAGAUGCUUAGGUUGCAUUCUAGGGUUUGGAAGAAAUCUUCUUGUAUCCCUCUCCAUUUACUCUCUUCUUAUCCAUCACAUUCUUAAUUAAUUAAUUUUUAGUUAUAGUUUUCUGUACAGUCAUUAUAAAUUGGAUAAAAGAAAUACAUGGUCAUGA